AUGAGAUUCUUCGUAUCGAUUUUAUUCCUCGCUUUCCCCGUUGCUUUAGCGAUUGAAUGUUUUACUGGAUUCACGUAUAUUAGAGGUGUGAGUGUUGGCACGAGUAAGCAGCGAUGCUCGUCCGAUUCGGAUUACUGCUACAAUGUGACCGCUGACUUGACGAGUCUCAAUUUGAUCUCGAAAUCGGGAUGCUCGUCGUUGAUGUGUCGAUUCAACCACAAUAAAUGCAUCGAGAAGUCAUUUCUGGGAAAAAGUGGCCGUUUCUGUUGCUGUAACACCGGAGAUUUGUGCAAUUCGAAAGCAACGGGUCAAACGACUUUGGAGAAGUUUAGCGACAAAAUGCAUGAUUUUGCGAGGAUUUUUGGA